UGUGCAUUAAAGGAUUCUCUCUCUCUCUAUAAAUACACCCCCGACCAUACCCUAUAACGUGGAGUUCCACACUUAGAAGCUCUGAGAACCCAACCUUGAUGAUGGCUAGCCUCAAAUUCUGGUUCUGUCUCUUGCUGGUCUUGCUUUCAUUUUCAAGUUCUGAUCAAGCCCGUCCUCUUGCACCAUUGUUAGACAAGAGCAACAACAGAGAGGCCAUGAUGGAGAGUGCCAAACAAGUGUUGGAGGCUAGCAUCGAAAGACAAGUUGGAAAGCUUUUCGAGACGUCCAAAAGAGUGAGUCCGGGAGGACCCGAUCCCCGACAUCAUCAUUAGUCUCUCCCGACAUGAAGCAUUCGAGUUGCAUUAGGCUUUUACAAGAAUGAGUGUUGUUUAUUGUAAGCCCUACGUAUCGUGAGAGUCCAACGCAAUAGAUCAGGCGUGUACAAGUUUUCUUCAUUACUAGUUAUUUAGUGCAAUCUAUCUAUAUGCAGUGGAACUUUGUAUCUCAUUUGAAUGUGGUGACAAAUUAGGAUCAUUCCCCAAUUAAGAUGCAACUCCUUCGAAUAAUAAUAAAAAGUUCUAUAACAUUUUCAUA